AUUACGCAACGAGGGCGGAGGGCUCGGCAGCGGCAUCCAGGGAUUCCGGGAACAGCGGGAUCGGGGCUUUGGGGUGUCCCUUGCGCACCCCAAAUCCCUGAAUGACCCCCCUCUCCCCCCAGAGGGUUUUACUGGGGCGUUUCCUGCCCCCGACCCAGGAAUCAAAGAAUCGUUGGAAUUACACAAUGACGGAUCACGGGAUCCCGAGAUAGCGGGACUGGGGGGUAGCGGGAUCGGGGUUUUGGGGUGGCCUUUGUGUCCCCCAGAUUCUCCCUCACGAGGGCCUGGGAAUGCAUUUCUGCCUGCCCCCCCUGCAUCCCUAGAAUUAAAAAUGGCUGGGAUUGCACAGCGAGGCCAGAGGGUCCAACGGGGGCAUGGAGGAAUUUUGGGAUCAGGCUCUGACGUGUGGAGGGCUCAGAGGCGGCUCCUCACCCCAGCCAUGGACUGGUUCCACUGCAGCCGCUGCUUCCGCCAGGAUGGCGCCCGGUUCGCCAUCACCAACUGCGGCCACAUCCUGUGCGAGGGCUGUGGGGGCACAGGUCCCUGCCCAGUCUGUGGCACCGCCGCCUGCCGCUACCUGCCCCUGUCUGAACAGAUGCGCCCACAGGAGAAGGUUUUCUUCAGGAACCCGGUGGACAUCGCCCUCAAGCACCUUGCCCACAUCACGCAGGUGUGGCGGUUCCAGACGUCACAGGCGCAGCUUCAGCUGGACUUGCACCGGGACAGAACUCGGCGGAUGCAGGCAGAGCUGGAGAAGGCCAGAGAUGAGCUGGGGGAGAGGACGAGGGAGCUGGAGUCACUUCGCCGGGAGAAUGAGGAGCUGCGCCGCAUGCAGCUCUCCCCAGCCUGGCGCUGGAGCAGCCGCAGCAGCACCCCCCGUCCCUCCCCCACACAGUCAGUGACCCCCCAGCCCCGCUGGCAGUUCAGCAGUCGAGUGGUCAGCCGCUUGGCCCCACUGGAGCCCCCUCAGUCCCGCAGCACCCUAGGAUGGCAGGUUGGCACAGCCUACAGAAAUUCUGGGACCCCUCUGGCCUCCAGCAUGGGGGACACCCUGGCUGGGACAAGCGAGGGACAGGGCUCUGCUCUGCGGCAGGCGAGGGGCGGGCGCUCCGACUGGGAUCUCAACCCGCGGCCAUAAAGGACAAACAGGGACCUCCGACUGGAUCCGAGGCUCCUGGACAGGAGCUCCGGCGCUUCCCUGGAGGUGGCCGCGGGCAGAAGUUGUUAAAAAGGAAUUAAAAAAUGCCAAUUUUGGGGCCA